AUGGAAGACAAAGUAGUCAUCACUUCUUCAUCCAUUGAAGCCGGAAUCGACUGUUGGGACCUUUGUUCUGGUGCAGAAUAUAUCUGCUAUCGUUCAUGCGCCUCUCCUCCUCACGACCUUCCUCAGGUAGAAGUUAAGAGUUUUCCAGUUGAAACAAUCAAUCCUCUUGCUUGCAAUAAUGAUGGCUCUUACAUAAUAGGAAGAGGAGUUUUCUGGUCAUAUCUACUUGUGGGAGGUUGCAACGGGUAG